GCUCUCUCUGUGUGUUCGCAGGCGUUGUCCUAGUGUUUUUCCCCUUUCGGGGAGGCUCGGUUUUCAGGCGGAGUUUGGUUCCGUCCCAGUUGUUCUGCCAUUUCUCUCUGCCAGCCUGCAGUCUGAAAUCAGUCCUCAGUUCGACUUUUGCCGAGGGGAGUGAGCGCGAUCCUGGGCUAAUUGAGGGGGAAAUCUGGCGAGGGAUUUCUCCGUGUGUGUUCCUGGCCCAGCCGCUUUAACGGGAAUCUUCAGCUUCCUGGAAUUAAUUCAAUCCCUUCAAUGAACCGCCUGCGUUAGGUGUAGAGAAUGGCUCACGAGUUUGACCCAGUGUUAAGCCUGGACCCUGAGUCCCAUCCUCAUCUGGACGACCUCCCGAUGUACGCGGACGAAGUGGAUCACGUCGAAUGGGAAGAGACGGCAGACGAGCUGCCAAGUCGUUAUCUCCUGGUCUACAAUAUCAAACCCUUCAAGGAGCGGAAACGGCGAGUGUUUUUACAGGGGGUGCCAGUGACCGUCCAGGUGGAAGGCAUCGAACGCCAUUUGCGCGGGUUUAAGGUUCGGCCCAGCACAGUCUACAUGAUGAGGGUAACGCACGGAGACUUCACUUGGACCCUGAAGAAGAAAUUCAAACAUUUUGAAGAGUUGCAUCGCGACCUGAUGAGGCACCGGUUCAAAGUCCGGGUCAUCCAGCAACCAUUAGCCAGGUUGGCAGCAGCUCCGGGGCAGAGGCGAGAGCUUGGCAGCGCCAUGUCGAUGCCCGCCCUGCCCCACCAGCCGGAGUGGGCCUCCAUGAGACAAGCUUCGAGCAAGCAGAAACGUCUGGAGGAAUACCUGAACACAAUGCUUGAGAAAUCCUUCUACAGAAACUAUCACGCAAUGAUGGCCUUCCUGGAUGUUAGUGAGCUGUCCUUCAUUCCAGAUUUGGGGCCCAAAGGCCUGGAGGCGAUGAUUGUGAAGCGAUCUGGGGGUCACCGAAUUCCUGGUCUAAACUGCUGUGGGCGACAUAAAAUCUGCUAUCAGUGGUCAAAGAGGUGGAUUGUCAUAAAAGAUUCUUUCCUUCUGUACAUGAGGCCUUCGAACGGGAUCAUCUCCUUUGUGCUUCUGUUUGACAAGGGGUUCAACGUCCAAGUUGGUAGCAAGGAAACAGGCACGAAAUAUGGAGUGAUGAUUGAAAAUCUGUCCAGGACUCUGAUCAUUAAAUGCAGCAGCUAUAGGCAGGCCUGUUGGUGGAAACAGGAGAUAACUAAUCUGGCUGAGAGACACGCCCAGGAUUUCCUCACCGAGCACCGCUUUGACUCCUUUGUCCCCGCUCGACACGACAUCCAGACGCGAUGGUUUGUGAAUGGCAGUGAAUACUUCUCUGCUGUCGCUGAUGCUUUGGAGCAAGCCAAGGAAGACAUUUUCAUUGCGGAUUGGUGGCUGAGUCCUGAGAUCCACCUCAAGAGACCUGCCAGGAGCAACUACUGGAGACUGGACAGGCUUCUGAAGCGUAAGGCAGAACAGGGUGUGAAGAUAUUUGUGCUGUUGUAUAAAGAGGUGGAACUUGCCUUGGGCAUUAACAGCGGGUACAGCAAGCGAACACUGACAGCGCUGCACUCAAAUAUCACGGUGAUGAGGCACCCAGAUCAUGUCUCCUCAACAGUGUUGCUCUGGGCCCACCAUGAGAAACUGGUCAUCGUCGAUCAAUCGUUGGCCUUCCUGGGAGGGUUGGACCUGGCCUACGGCAGGUGGGAUGACCAGGACUAUCGCCUGACCGACCUGGAAGCUCCCCGAUCUCAGCCGGUUUGUAAUCACAGUGAAGAGGAGCAUCGUGAGGAACCUGUGGAGGAGAAGGGAAUACCACUCGAGGAGGUGAAGGAAUGGCGUUCUCGCUGCCGGUCAGACUCAACAGACUGUAAUGCGGCUGGGCAAUUCUGGCUUGGAAAAGACUAUUGUAACUUCAUUCAGAAGGACUGGGUUGAGCUGGACAAGCCUUUCGAAGACUUCAUUGACCGAAGUGUGACCCCCCGUAUGCCGUGGCGUGAUAUCGGUGUGGUUGUCCAUGGUGGGGCAGCACGGGACGUGGCAAGGCAUUUCAUACAGCGAUGGAACUUCACCAAGACCGUGAAGCCAAAGUACAAACCUUCCUGCUUCCCUUACCUGCUGCCGAAAUCUCACACCACAGCCGACAAUCUUCCAUUCCUCAUCCCGGGCUGUGUCCCAGCUAACGUUCAGGUUCUCCGGUCAGUGGAAUGCUGGUCCGCAGGUUCCAGUGAAAACUCCAUCUACAACGCGUACUUAGAUGUGAUUCGUGACAGUCAGUAUUUCAUAUACAUUGAGAAUCAGUUCUUCAUCACCUGUGCUGAUGAUCGCAGUGUCUACAACCAGAUUGGAGAUGUUAUCGUGGAGCGAAUCCUCAAAGCCCACAGUGCAAAGAGGACAUAUCGUGUGUACAUUGUCAUUCCGCUGUUACCCGGCUUCCAGGGAGAUAUGUCUACCGGAGGUGGGAAUUCCAUUCAGACUAUCCUGCACUUCACAUUCAGGUCCAUGUGCAGAGGUGAAUACUCCAUAGUUGAACGGUUAAAAAGACAGAUGGGGGAUGAGUGGGUGAACUACAUCUCGUUCAGUGGACUGAGGACUCACGGAGAACUCAACAACAGCCCAGUGUCGGAGCUCAUUUAUAUCCACAGUAAGAUGCUGAUUGCUGAUGAUCGGCAAGUCAUCAUCGGUUCAGCAAACAUCAACGACCGAAGUUUGUUGGGGAAACGGGACAGUGAGAUGGCUGUUCUUGUGGAAGACGCUGAGAUGGAGGCAUCUGUAAUGGAUGGUGAAGAAUACCAAGCUGGAAGGUUCGCCCGUCACCUUCGACUUCAGUGUUUCAAAGUACACCUUGGCCUGAGCGAUGCCCAGAUCGCUGAGGUUGAAGAUCCUGUCAGUGACCGAUGUUUCCAGGAGAUCUGGAAUGCGACAGCUACCACCAAUGCAGCCAUUUAUGACCAGGUUUUUAAGUGUCUCCCCUCGAAUUCUGCUCCAAGCCUGGUGGAGCUGCGAGAGUUUGUGUCUGCGCCCAGCCUCCUGACCCAGGAUCCUGAGAAAGUCCAUGAGAAGCUGAGAGGUAUCCGUGGCUACCUUGUUCAGUUUCCCCUCUAUUUCCUGUGCGAGGAGUAUCUCCUUCCCCCGCUCAACAGUAAAGAAAGGAUGGUUCCAUUAGAGGUUUGGACUUGAUGAGGGUGGGAUGGUGUUUGGUUCUUGCUCCUGAGGAUUCAGGCUGGGACCUAUGGACCAAUCCUCACUCACUCCCUUGUGAAUCUGAGCUUCGUGUUUCUAAGGGCCCAUUGUUGGUGGCCAAAUGAAAGAUUACCCACCUGGAGGGAGUGGACAAUAGAGUCAGUUUCAAGACGACCGAUGGGAAUGAGUGACCGGAAAGGCUCCCUGCUGAGGAAUUGAGAGAUCUUUCAGCUCACUUUUGGCAGCUUCUAAAAACCAGCUUUUGGAAAAUCCUCAAUGUUGAUGCGACGGGGCAAGGUUUUACAAAGUUUCAGCACAUCAGUCCGCACAGCACUAAGAGGUCAAUUCAACCCAGAAGGCUUUGAACCACAAGGUGAUAGACUUUGUUCCUUUUGACGUCAUCUCUGUUUCUGUUUGGUAUUGCUUUUUGUAGUCAUUUUUAUAACCUGCUGAUGUAAUUUUUAAAGAACUCCUUCAAUGGAAUCGCGCGGUGGAGGAGGACGAUUGCACAACCCCUGGAGAUCAGCACACCACUCAGAUAGUUUCACCAAACGCAUCACUUCCAGAUAGAAUGGACUUUGGGCAUCAAACUUUGGAUCUUUGCCAACUCUGGCAUGAUUUCCCAAGGGUGGUUAGAUUAUUAAAGCCUGUUGUUUUCCAACUCCUGUUGUGUGGACGGUCUUUCUGAGAGGACAUUGCAGUCUCCACUCUCCACAGUGUCAAAGGACUCAAAUAGUUCCUCAGCAGUGAGAGCAGGGAAACACAUUUGUAAUCGAAACGGCACAGCGUCUGUAUUAGAUUAAAAUUAAAACGCUGUAAUUCCAGACGAACAUGACACAAGAUAUUCAAAACCACAA